AUGAUUUCUUCAGCAGCAAGACAAGUCGCUCGAUGCGCAACGAGGCAGCAAUGCCGGACCUUCAGCUGCACGCCCUCCGUCGGAGCUGCCGCUGAGGUGAAGAAGCUGGGUGUUAUUGGAGCUGGCCAGAUGGGCCUCGGAAUAGCUCUCGUGGCAGCACAGAAAGCUGGAGUGUCCGUCCAAUUAAUCGACAACUCGCAAGCCUCAAUUGACAAAGGUUUGAAGUUCGCCGACAAGCUCCUUGAAAAGGAUGUAGGGAAGGGAAGGAUCUCGAAAGAGGAUGCGGUUGCGGCACGAGAGCGAUUGACGUCUAGCACCAAGCUUGAAGACCUCUCGACCGUCGAUUUUGUCAUUGAAGCAGUUCCAGAACUCCCAGAUUUAAAGCACAGAAUCUUCUCACAGCUCGCACAAAUAUGCCCCCAGCACGCCAUCCUCGCAACCAACACUUCCUCAAUCUCAAUUACCAAGAUUGCCGCAAGCACAACUAAAGAUCCUACGGACCUCUCUGCCUCGUCACGCGUAAUCAGCACGCACUUUAUGAACCCGGUCCCGAUACAGAAGGGCGUUGAGAUCAUCACCGGCCUUCAGACCUCGCAGGACACUGUCGACACUGCGAUCGCCUUCUGUGAGAAGAUGGGCAAGAUCCCGUCCAAAUCUGCCGACUCACCCGGAUUCCUUGCGAACCGCAUCUUGAUGCCGUAUAUUAAUGAGGCGGUCAUAUGUUUGGAAACUGGCGUUGGCGCGAAAGAGGACAUUGAUAGCAUCAUGAAGAACGGCACGAAUGUACCCAUGGGACCACUGCAGCUGGCAGACUUCAUUGGUCUCGACACAUGUUUAGCGAUCAUGAAGGUACUCUACCACGAUACUGGGGAUUCGAAAUACAGGCCUGCAGUUCUACUGAAGAAAAUGGUUGAUGCUGGAUGGUUGGGCAAGAAGAGCGGGAAGGGUUUCUACGAUUACUAG